AUGGCGAUGAAUUCGGAACCUGCAUGUGUUGGAACAUCUGCUGCUUCGAACUCACACUCAUACAUUUGCCCGCUUUUCAUUUUCUACCAGAGCAUUGGUGAGAAACCUCACAAUGAUUGCGUUAAGGGAAGGUUUAGCACACUCAAGCUUUUCAUCCGGCACAUACAAAGGUUACAUCUCAAACAAAUGAGAUGUACUAAAUGCAGUUUGCGCCUUGGGUAUGAUAUGAAUAGACACGUGAAAAACAAUUGUAAGGGAAAGGAUAGCUAUAGAGAACCGGAGGUACCAAAGAAAGUCAUCGACCUGCACAAAAGUCUUAAAGGCAAAAACUUUCAAGAAAUCAAAGAUAUCUUGAUCAAAGGCCGCGAGGUGGUGUACGACUAUCAGAAAGAGCCUCAAUCUAUCAAGAUAGACGAAGACGAAGAUGAAGAUCCCUCCAUUGAAGAAAGCGCCAUCAAGACUGCCGAAGACGAAGAUGAAGAUCACUUCAUUAAAGAAAGCGCCAUAGGUUUACCAUUGCCUGGUACUGCAGUAUGGCGCAACGGUCAGUGGGAGUCAGAGGAUCACGAUAUUAGUAGCCCAAUUGCAUAUUGA